AUGGCCACCUCCGUUGACCGAUCGCAGCUGCAAGUGGUUUCGAUCACGUUCGGUAAGGUACUGGUUGCCCUCUGGUUGGCCCAGCUGGUCCACGGGGAGCCAAAUCCGGCCUGCAAAACGGUUCCCGAGUUCAUGAAGGCGGAGAGCGAGGAAAAGUGUUGUGAGAUGCCGCAGGUAUUUCUCAACGAAACCGUGAAGGAGUGCUGGAGCAAAGUGGAAGGUUCGGGCAAGUCGCAGGUGGAGCAAAGUUGUGAGUUUUCCGCGUGCGUUUUCAAACAAGAUAAGUUCACGAAGUCCGAUGGGCGCGUGGACUCGGAUCGUCUGCGAACGUUCAUCAAAGAGAGUUUGCAGGCCUCGAGCGAAUGGAAGAGCCUCCUUGAGAAGGUUGUGCUGGAGGAGUGCAUGCCGAUGAUUGAAAAGGACGCCGCCGCUAUCCAGAAGCUAACGAAGUCCGAUUGUGAUCCAACCCCUGCGUUCCUUAUAGCCUGCGCCGCUUCGAAAAGUUAUGCUAAAUGCCCCACCAGUAGCUGGACAGGAAGCAAAGCGUGCGACGAAUGGAAAAGUUAUUUCACCAAAUGCGCCAACACGGUGGAUGACUUGGGGGAAAUGUUCAAGCAAGUGGAGUCUCGCAAGCUAGCAGAAAACCAAAAUUAG